ACCACGCAAAACAGUUGUAAAAAACGAGCAAGAUUUUGUCCACUAGAUUUUGUACACGUCCCCACAGGUGAAACCAGAGCGAAUAUUAGUCACCACGCUGAUCCUACUAACUGCCCUGUUUGAUUGCUUGUAUGACUGAUAUUCAUAAACUUCGCUCUCGCUGACCCUUCUAAAACCUGCUUUGUUCUUCAAACUCUUCUUCAUCUACAUUCACUUGCUUUGCUUCCCUCCCAAAACUAACAAUGGAUGGAUAUAAUAGGGAUGGUGACUUGAAGCCAAUGGAUGCUGAGCAAUUCAGAGAACAUGCACAUAAGAUGGUGGAUUUCAUUGCUGAUUACUACAAAACCAUUGAGAAUUUCCCUGUUCUCAGCCAAGUUCAGCCUGGCUAUCUUCGUAACAUGUUACCAGAUUCUGCACCUAAUCAUCCAGAAUCAUUGGAUGAUAUAUUUAAUGAUGUUCAGGCAAAGAUAUUACCUGGAGUAACCCAUUGGCAAAGCCCAAACUAUUUUGCAUAUUAUCCCUCAAAUAGCAGCAUCGCCGGAUUCUUAGGAGAAAUGCUCAGUGCUGGUCUUAACAUUGUGGGUUUCAGUUGGAUAACUUCUCCUGCAGCAACAGAGCUUGAAAUGAUUGUACUGGAUUGGCUUGCUAAAUUGCUUAAACUGCCUGAUGAGUUCCUUUCAGCAGGACAAGGUGGUGGAGUGAUACAGGGCACGGCAAGUGAAGCUGUUUUAGUUGUGCUAUUGGCUGCUCGUGACAAGGUUUUAAGGAGGCUUGGCAAAAAUGCGCUUGAAAAAAUUGUGGUUUAUGCAUCUGAUCAAACACAUUCUGCAAUACAGAAAGCCUGCCAGAUAGCAGGAAUCCACCCGGAGAAUUGCAGGGUGAUAAAAACGGAAUCUUCAACUAACUAUGCUCUUUCGCCUGAUAUUCUUUGUGAAGCAAUUGCACAUGAUGUUGCCAUUGGUUUAGUCCCCUUUUUCUUAUGUGCUACUGUUGGUACUACUUCAUCAACAGCUGUUGAUCCUUUGCUUGCUCUUGGAAAGAUUGCUAAGAGCAAUGGGAUGUGGUUUCAUGUAGACGCUGCAUAUGCUGGAAGUGCCUGUAUAUGUCCAGAGUACCGCCAAUACAUUGAUGGUGUUGAAGAAGCUGACUCAUUUAACAUGAAUGCACAUAAAUGGUUCCUUACAAAUUUUGAUUGUUCAGCACUUUGGGUUAAGGAUAGAACUGCCUUGGUUCAGUCCCUAUCGACAAAUCCAGAGUUUUUGAAGAAUAAAGCAUCUCAAGCAAAUAUGGUUGUGGAUUACAAGGAUUGGCAAAUUCCUCUUGGACGUCGCUUUAGAUCAUUGAAACUUUGGAUGGUUCUACGACUAUAUGGUAUAGAAAACCUACAGUGCUACAUAAGGAACCACAUCAAGUUGGCUGAACAUUUUGAAGGCCUCGUUGCUCAAGAUCCAAGAUUUGAGGUUGUUACCCCUCGGAUAUUUUCAUUAGUUUGUUUCCGCCUUCUGCCUCCUCGAAACAAUGAAGAUAAUGGCAAUAAAUUGAACAAUGACCUAUUAGAAGCAAUAAACUCAACUGGGAAAAUUUUCAUUUCUCAUACAGUCCUUUCAGGUAAAUACAUACUAAGGUUUGCCGUAGGAGCUCCAUUGACAGAAGAGAGGCAUGUCACUGCAGCUUGGAAGGUUCUGCAAGAUGAGGCAUCUGUCCUGCUUGGAAGAUUGUAGGAUAAGUUCAUCAACAGUGUCAAAAAUUAGUUGAUGACAUCCAUUACUUGUACUUGAUGACACCAAUUUGUGAAUUUUUCCCCUACUCUGUUCUUUUCAUAUCUCAAAAAAAUAAUAAUUCAUUUUCCCAUAAGUCAUAAAUGGGAUUUUUCU